AUGUCUUCUAUUCCUAAUUUUGAACCUUACGUGCUCAGCCCUCUUGAUCACUCAACUGGUUUGUUUUAUCUCUCGGCGUUUGUCACGUUUGAGCCGGAAGAUGUGACCGGGUCUGUAACUCUCAUAGAGCGGGGUUUCACUCGUUGUAUAGAGCUUUUACCAUUUCUGGCUGGGAAUGUUGCAUCAUCAGCUCAAUUGAAGGAUAAGGAGAAUGUCUUUGAAGUCCGACCCUCAACAGCGGAUUUCCUGCAGGAGUAUCCUAUGAUCAAGGUCAAACAUCAUCAAAAAUAUGUCAAUUCUCUGAACGGAAGUCCUGUCAUCAACAAUGACUUGCUUCUCAACGAUGGUUUUGUUUCAAGCUCAUUCACGACGGCUCUGGAGGAGCUCAGCCCUGUCUCAAGAGUGCAGAUCAACGUUAUGCCCGAUGGAAUUAUUAUUUGCUUCUCCUUCCACCAUUUCGUCAUGGAUGGUGCGGGCGUUGCAAAUGUAUUCGAGGCUCUUUCUAUCUGUUGUCGAGAUCUGAAUGCAACCUCAGGCUCUCUUCCCACAAGCCUUGCGGAAGAGCAAAAGUCUCGAGAAAUAAUAUUGAACGCCUCGUCGGCCUCAUCUGGUUUGGAGAAGUUUCAAACAGGCCGUGGAUCAAAUACUUGGGUUGGUGACAUGAGCUUAAAGUCGGAAUCUCCACUCACCAGGAUCAUUUCUUUCAAUGCGAUGAAGAUUGAGAAACUUAAGAUAGCAUGCACGGAGCUUCUGCUAAAAAAUAAGGAUCAAGAGUCAAGAUUACACUUCUCUCGAAACGCUAUUGCAUCGGCCGUGAUCUGGUUAUCUUUCAUUCGAGCUCGCCAUCAAUUUUUAAUGAAAAACGAUGAACCCUCUUCAACUGAGUCAGGGGUUCUGCUAGCCUGUGAUAUUCGCAAUAAGCUACAACCGAACCUUCCUCUUUCUUAUAUGGGCAAUGCGGUAGCAGUGACUGAAGCCCACAUUUCCACCGGAUCUAUCACAUCCACAAUGAAAUCGCCAAGCCCUCAUUCAACACAGUUGACGCGUUUCGACUCCGACGAUAUACCACAUAUUACCGAGUUAGCGACUUACAUCCAAGAAUCCCAUAAGACCGUGACGGCUGAUCACGUCCGCGAUUUCAUUUCUCACGUUGUCAAUAGCCAGAAUUGGUCACAGCCCCCUCGCUUUGGCGAUCUUGUGAUCAGCAGUAUAAGGUCUUUGGGCUUCUAUAGGUUUGAUUUUGGGCCUAUGCUUGGUCGUAUGACAAGGCUUGAUAUGGCCGAAACACAAUUUUCUGGAGUGGCAUGGAUUAUGCCCGCCCGUGUUCAAAGUCAACCUGCUCCUUGGGAAAUUCGUCUGAGCCUAGAUGCGGAGAUGAUGGGACUUUUGAGGGAUGAUCAACUUGUGAGGUGGUUGACUGAUGAAGAGGGACCGAAGCUAUAA